AAGUGUGAUUUCUUUUCAGCUCUUACUGAUAUGAGCUGUGUGCUUAGUCAUGUUGACUGGCUGCCUGACUGCUCUGUGUCAGUGGACUGUUUCCCGGAGAUACACUUCAGCUUUGUACAGUAAAAAUGGAUAAUACCUUCACAUCCAAACCAAAAGGAGAAAACACAAAUGUCAUCAGAAUUUCGGUGUUUCUGUUUCUGGCAGGCUUUCACCCAGUACUGUCUUCAGAUGGAAAGCCCUCUGAACUGGCUGACAGUGGCUUGAAACCAGUCAUUAUUGGCCCAAACUAUGUGACGGUGGGUGUGCCAAGCAGCAUUGAGUGCGGUUCCAGUUGUGGGACAUGUACCUACUCCAUGUCUCUGGAUGGACAAAGUGCCGUGGGUCAAAGCAACAUGCUAGCCUUUACUAUUAAUAGUUGGGUACCUUCUUUAACAGUGACAUGUACAGUCUCAGGCGACAAUGGGCUGAGUGCUACGGCAACAAAGAACAUCCAGGUUUUAGCUGGACCUACCAAUGUUUCCAUUUCAGGCCCCAGUUUGAUGAAUCCCACAGUGAGCCAUACCUAUAAUUGCUAUGCGUACUGUCAGCCAUCCUGCUACUACAGCUGGAGGACAGAUAAAGGCCCAUGGAUCCGUAGUCAAGGAAAUGUUGUUUCUAUCACUCCUCGGGAGAUGGACACCUCCAAAACUGUCACCUGCAAAGCCACCAAUCGCAUGUCUGGGCUGUUUGCCACUGCUACUCAAAACAUAGCUGUGCCAUUUGGACCAUCAAAGGUUCAGAUUGAAGGCCCAGACGUUGUAGAAAUUGCGGAAACGUAUAAAUACGUGUGUACUGCCGAAUGUCACCCUUCUUGUCGCUUCCUGUCGUCUGUGGACAGUCAGACCGUGAGGGGCAAUGUGAUCGAGAUGACAGUGGAUCAUCCGCUUAAAUCGGUGACUCUCAAGUGUGAAGCGCAAAAUACUGCCUCAAGGAAGACAGUUACAGCCCUAAAAACUGUACAGAUGAAAGUGAUAGACCGCAGUCUGUCCACUCGCCCUGAAGAAACUUCAGCCCUGCUGCUCCUUGCCUUCGGCAUUGCUACUGCCUUCACACUGUGAUUGAGUACAGAACAGAUCUUUUUUAGGCGCUGAGGAUCAGUUUUGCGAAGAAAUGGCGCUGAAUUGCUGACUCACCUGUAGCCUAGUGCACAUUGAUCUUAUGCAUUUGCCUCACAUGUUGUUAAUAGGCGGAUCCAUGUUUGUACUUGAUAAAUUAACUUGAAAUGUUGUAUGCGAAGGGAGUGUGCGUACAAAGCUGACAUUAUUCUGCACUGAUACAAUUUAAAUGUGUACAAAGAACACAUUCUUCUUCUGACAUGUACAAAAUUAUCAUCUCUAUUAAUAAAAACGGACCUACUCUGGAA